GUCUUAAUAGACGCUGUUAAGACCCCAUUUUUAUGUUUCGCUGCCUCACCCUUUUCCCCCCCCAGAAAAGAGCGGUCCAAAAUUCUGGAUUCUUGUUCCUGAAUCUCACUCGAGGAAACGAAACGCCGCAGUGACUGACUUGUUCCUCCUGCUUCCUUUCCGUGGAGACCGGACCACCCCGAGACCUACAGGCUGCUGAACAACACCGGCACUGCCAUCAUCACCUCCAGUCACACACACGACGUCCCAGUCCCAGUCCGCGCGCAACCCGGACAGCCCGCGUACUUCCUAUCCCGUUGUCCCUUCCGACACAUCCUACAACUUGGACGACACACACACACACACCCAAUUGGCCUCCUCCCACUAUCUCGUGCAUCCAACCUGCCGUCUCGACCGAACCGUGACGUUGCGUCGGAACAAUUUACAAUUCCGCCUCGCGGAGCUGCAGAGGUACUGAAGAAGAAACCCACAGGCAGGUCGCUGAAGACGCGCCAACGAAAAGGGACCACUCGAGCCACUCGAGUACCGCCAAGGCGCUCUUAUUUCGGUCCACGGGACCUUUUGAGCAGCUUCUCAGCCAGGAACCGGCCACUUUAAGGGCCCUUCUCUACCAAGCAAAACAACCUCGACCAAAAACCCGCCGAUUUGAUACCUACCUACUUUUGGCGCAGCCAUGCCCCGCCUGAUUCUUUGGGAUCUUCUACCGCAUUGUUGAUACAACUGUCUGAAACAACAGGGCUCCCCUUGACCAAAGAUUGAACGAACGGGACGGGAGUAGCAACUUUAAUAGUCUGUUACAACCACAGGCCGACAGGCAGCAGAUCUCCCGGGAGAGCCAAAACGAUUUAGACUUGGGCGCCGUCGACGAUUUAGUCCCACAGAUCCUCUCACCCGCAGGAGCCACUCGAACCAUACACUGCAGCCUGCAGCUUGGACGAUAGAGAGAAGAGAGCAACACACAAAACGAAAGGACGAAGAAGUUUUGGUUGAAGGAGAAGAGAAGAGAAGAGAAGAGAAGAGAAGAGAAGAGAGCAGGAUAUCAGCAGUUAUAUCUGCAACACACACAUGUUCAGCAGAUCAUCUAGAUCGCACGCCAAGAAGACUCAGGGUUUUGCGACGGAGCAUCAGCGAAGGAAUCACGACAAUUUCGAACGGGCAGGGCUCUCAGACCUAGGCUCCGACUCGGCGACGGUGCGGUCUGGUGGUGGCGGCGCUUGGAGAACAGACUUUGGCCCGUCGAACCACAACUACUACACCGGCAGCAGUAGCGCUGCGAGGUCUUACGGGGCGCCGUUGUACCCGGAGAAGAGUUUCUCCAUCGCAUCAGGGACGCUUCACGCGCCAUCGCACCGCUCGACGGCCUCGGUCAGCUCCAACAAGUCGCGCGAGAGCAACUCGAGAUCCAUCUCGACGACACAAGGCGCCAUGAAUUCAGACAGGACCCGGUCGCGCAGGGAGCGCACCUUUGUGGGGAGCGAGUGCGCCGUGUGCGAGGAGCCGUUGGAACACACGCUCCGGGGCGAGAGGAUAUUGCAGUUCUCGUGCACCCACGUAGCCCACGAGGCGUGCUUCUACGAGUUCAUCCGCGAGUUUGAUUCCCAGUACUGCCCGACAUGCAAUGCGCCAUUGCACCUGGACACCAGCCGCGGCGGAAACGUGCUGGAUAUAGAAAAAAUCAGCAAUAUGGUGCGCGCAGUGUCAGUAAAUGACACCAGAUCACAGGGAACUCCGACCCCGACAACGCAGCAUUGGGAUGAUCCGGGAAGGCCGCAGAGCCGGGGGUCGAGCGCGCGACCUGGUGGUGGUGGAUCGAAUGGUCACCGGGAUGCUCCUCGAGGAAGCCAGCGGGACAGCCGCGAGAGUCGGGAAGCGCCGCCUUCAGAUCACCGCUACAACGGGCCGAGACACGCACGGAGUGAUAGCGAGGCGACGGGUGUUGCCUCUUCGGGAGGAUACCCAGAAACGACGCAGAGCGGACCACCGCGGCGACACGAUUAUGAUGUUCAGGCCAUGGAGACCUCGCUCGCCAGCCCCCGGACGGUCACUCGGAAUCCCAUCCCCGCGCCCACGGUUACGGUGCGGUCAGAGUUUCCCACCAUCACGAGGUCACGACAGCAGCAGACGCUCACCUGUCUGGUAACGGUGGAGGUGCCGGAUAUCAAGUGGCGGCCCGACCCAGAAGACCUGCAGGCCGCCCCUCCGCCGUUGGCGCCACCGAGAGCCGAGGAGCAGUUCCACAGGGCGCCUUCACCAGCGCAAAGUGCGCCGCGGUUCUAUCCGUACGAGUCGGCAGAGGUGCUGGCCGAGAUGACGGAGAGCCUGCGCAACCGGGUAGACAACUGGCAUGGUUUGGACUUCAGCCGAUUUGGAAAGCUUCGAUUGUACGGCACACUCCGUGUGGGCAAGGACAAAGUGUCAUGGCAGGAGCUCGAGUGUUUCCUGUUUGCAGAGAUGCUCAUCUGCGUCAAGGAGAAGAAAUCUACGCAACAACCAUCACAGUGGGAGGACCAGGAUGCGCCACGGAAAAGCACACGCUGCACGCUCAAGGGAUCGAUUCUCAUCAAGAAGCAUCUCAACGAGGUGUCGUACAGUGGCAGCAUGGACGAGAAUAUUCUCACCCUCAGCUUAUCAGUAGCCGAGCUGCCCCAAUUCCAUCUUCGGUUUGAGAAUCGAAACCAGCUCAAGCUGUGGCAGCAGGCCCUGUUGGACCUCAACGCUGUUGAGACGUCGCCCGUACGCAGUCCCGAAUAUGACCGUGGCGAGUUUUCAGAAACAGAUGAGGAUGACUGGCAAAGAACACCUGGCUCUGGCCGACCACAACGAGUGUCGUCCCUGGCUUCCUCAUGGGGUGGCGCCAAGUCGGCCACAACUGCGCCUACCGAGUACACCAACUUUGCGAGGAGCCCUCUUCUGCCCUCGAUUCAUGUGCCUGUGGAUGUUGUGGUGGUGGUGCCAAUUUCGGCUUCGAUGCAGGGUGUCAAGAUCAACCUGGUUCGCGAUGCUCUUCGGUUUAUGGUACACACGCUCGGCGACCGUGACCGCAUGGGCUUGGUGACCUUUGGAUCAUCUGGCGGCGGCGUACCUAUCGUCGGUAUGACGACCAAGGCGUGGCCUGGCUGGAGUAAUGUUCUGAACUCGAUCAAGCCCGUUGGACAGAAGAGCCACCGUGCUGAUGUUGUCGAGGGCGCCAAUGUGGCCAUGGAUCUGCUCAUGGGCCGCAAGUACAACAACCCCAUCGCGACCAUCAUGCUGAUCAGCGAUGCCUCCACCUCGGACGCCGACAGCGUCGACUUUGUGGUAUCGCGCGCCGAAGCAGCCAAGAUCACCAUCCACUCGUUUGGUCUCGGUAUGACCCACAAGCCGGACACCAUGAUCGAGCUGUCCACCCGGACAAAGGCCUCGUACACCUAUGUAAAAGACUGGAUGAUGCUCCGAGAGUGUCUCGCCGGCUGCCUCGGCGCCAUGCAAACUCUUUCUCAUCAAAACGUCAAGCUCAAGCUCAAGCUUCCCGAAGGCUCCCCGGCCAAGUUCCACAAGAUCAGCGGCGCCCUCCAAAUCACCAAGCGCGCCACGGGCCGCGAUGCUGAGGCGUCUAUCGGAGACCUCCGCUUCGGUGACAAACGCGAUAUCCUCGUCCAGCUAGUCAUCAUCCCCGACAACGCCUCCCAAGAGCAGCUUCCGCAAGACCCAUGGGAUAACAUCGUCUCCGGUCUGGAAGCCCUCGGCGGCCCGAUGGAUCAGGACGAGCAACGAACCGUCUCGGUAGAGGAAGUCCCCCUCAUCCAAGCCGAGCUCAUCUGGGGUGACAUCCUCCGUGACGGCACAUCCCAACACACUCGCCCUUCGCUCCUGGCAAUUACCAUGCUGCCCGCCUCGAACUCGAAGAAGUCGUGGAAUAACUCCCAGCCCAUCCCUCCCCACCCACACAUCGUCCAGCGGAGGAUGGAGCUCUUGACGUCAGACAUGUUAACACGGGCACUAACCCUUGUCUCCCGCGGCCAGCACGACCGCGCCCACACUUUGCUCAACGAAACCCGCUCCAUCCUCAAAGGCCUCGGGAAAGGCGGGUUGCCACCCGUCCCACCGCUCCCGCCAUCGGGAGGCAACAAAUCUCAACCUUCCACCCCCCACCCGGACAACGCCAACCCCUCCCCCACGGCCGGCACCCCAGACAGGAAGAACACACCGUCUCCCACGUCGGGGAACCACUCCUCUGCCGGCAGCUUCCCACCGGUGCCAGGGCAGAUCUCCCGUUCCAGAUCGACAGACGGACUGGGGGUGAUGGGAACAGCAGCGGGGAUAGACACGAACACGGUUGCGGCGCUGGAUGCCGAGCUGGAGAGCAGUCUCGAGUGGAUCAACCACCCGGCCGUGUUUGGGCGGGACAGCAGGAAGGCGGUGCUGCAGGCGAUCGGGGUGAUCAGCAGCCAGAGGGCGUUUACGUUCCGGACGCCGAUUGAGAGCCUGUGGGCGGGGAGGGUGUCGGGUGUGAAGAAGCUGACGGAAAAGUCAAGGGAGUGGAGGGAGGAGGGGGGAGGGGAGGGGGGGAUCAUGGAGGAGGCUUAGGAGGGGGUGGUGGUGUUGUGGUCUUCCCCUCCCCUGGGUUUGCUUGGGGUUUUUGAGUAUGGGAGGGAGCGAGCAUCUUGGCGUCGUUUUACGAUUUUGGUGGAAGUUUUAUUUUUUUUUUUUAGUGCGAUCUGUUCUUGUUUUACACUUGGGUUUUUUUUUCGAGAGUUGUUACACUUCGAUUUUGCCUCUCACACUUUCGAAUACCCCCUAUUCAUAUACUUGCAACCUCUUU